AUGGCUCAAUCCUGCCUGAAAAUCGUUCGGAUCAACAAUCUCAGGAGUAGAGUGAACCGUCGGAUUUUGAUUCUCCGUCGAUUCACGCGGCUGCUUUGGAGUAGAAUCGUCGCUUGCACUCCCGGGAAAUCCAGGAGAUAUCUGUUGCUCUCUCGCGCCCUUCCGUCUCCGACUGUCUCUCGUCCCCAGCCUCCUCCUCCGGUCCCCGCCGUGGACGUCGUUGGCGGUGCUGGUGGUGAAUUAAUCGUACGCCACACACCGGUGUACGACCGCGAUAACAGCCACCGGAGAUCGGAUUCCGAUCUGGUUUCCCUGAAGAUCAGCCUCUUAGGAGAUCCCGAAAUCGGAAAAACUAGCUUCCUGACGAAAUAUGUUGGGGAAGAGAAAGAAGUAGAAAUGAUAGAAUUGGAGAAAGGAAUCAAUUGUACGGAUAAGACAUUAUCCAUGGGAGGAGCUCGAAUUUCCUAUAGCAUCUGGGAAUUAGAAGGAGAUGAGAAAUCAAGGGAUCAAAUCCCUUUGGCCUGCAAAGACUCUGUAGCCAUUCUCUUCAUGUUCGAUCUAACCAGUCGUUGCACACUUAACAGUGUGAUUAGCUGGUAUCAACAAGCUAGAAAGUCUAAUCAGACGGCGAUUCCAGUUAUGGUAGGAACAAAGUUCGAUGAGUUUAUUCAGCUUCCUAUUGAUCUACAAUGGACAAUUGCUAGCCAGGCGAGAACAUAUGCGAAGGCUUUAAACGCGACGCUCUUCUUCUCAAGUGCUUCUUACAACAUCAAUGUAAAUAAGAUCUUCAAGUUUGUGACGGCGAAGCUAUUCGACUUACCAUGGACGGUGGAGAGAAAUCUCACCAUCGGAGAACCACUUAUCGACUUCUAG